AUGGAUAGUCGUGUCACUGCCCUUGAGGCCUCCAUGGCCAACCUUGAUUCCAAAAUCGAUUCAGCGGUGUCUAACCCCUUCGAUCAUAAACUCCCUCUUUACUUCGAGCAACUUCGCCGCGAACUUCAAUUCGGUGUUCCUGGUGCCGGUCCUUCUGUUUCUGUCGUCUCUUCCAACACCGAUCUGCAGGCUGAGCAGUUCUUCGCCUUCUAUCAAACCCCUGAUGCCCAGCGCAUCCUCACUACUUCUUUUCACUUGGAGGGUGAGGUUUUGCAAUGGUUUCGCUGGAUAGAUUGCACCCCUUCCACUCCACAUUGGGAGGAUUUCACAAAGGCCUUCUGUCGUGAAUUCGGACCUCUGGAAUUUGAGGACAGUGCUGAAUCCCUCUUCAAAUUACGCCAAACAGGUACUUUUAAGGAUUAUAUCAGUGAAUUUCACCGUUUGGCCACUCGUACUUGUGAUUUAGGUCCUGUGUUACUCAAGAGUUGUUUCUUAAGGGGCCUAAAGAAGGAAUUGAAAUUCGAUGUGAAAUUGUUAAAACCAAUGACUGUUCAUGACGCUAUUUCAAUUGCUGUUCAGCUUGAUGCCAAGCUUACUGAGUUGAAACCUUUUAUCCCAAAACCCUUCCAACCCCCUAAACCUCCUCCACUGUUACCCACUCCGUCACUCCAUCCACCACCUAAGCCGGGUAACUUCGGUGUCAAGAAAUUGUCUCCUGCGGAAAUACAACAAAAACGAGAGAGAGGCAGUAUUCAUAACUUUAUUGAUUCUAAAUUGCUUAAACAAUGGGGAUAUCUUGCUCUGCCAACAAAACCUUUUGAGGUUAUGAUAGCUGAUGGUGGCAAGUUUAAAAGUUCAGGUUGUUGCAGGGCAAUGGACUUGAAUGUUAGGGGUUAUUACUGUGUUGUUGACUUGUAUUCUUUACCAUUAGGGGGUUGUGACAUUGUGCUCGGGGUUCACUGGUUAUCUACAAUUAGUCCUAUACUUUGGGACUUCCAAUCCCUUACCAUGGAAUUUACUAAGCAUCAUCAACACUACAAAUUGUGUCAUAAUGCACCUGCCACUCCAUUGAUUCAGGAGGUAUCCUUACAACACAUCGAUAAAGACCUCUCGAAUUCCAACUUGGGGCUGUUUCUAUAUUCUAUGGCGGGUCCGCCACUUGAUGCUGGCAAUCUCAACGCUCACCAGUUGCAGGAUUUGCAUACCUUAUUAGAUGCAUUUGGGGACAUUUUCGCAUUACCAUCUCAACCUCCACCCUCAUGGCCUCACAACCAUCAUAUACCUCUAUGUCAUGGAGCAAAAACCCCAAAUAUCAGGCCCUACCAUUAUAGACCCUUGCAGAAGUCGGAGAUUGAAAAAGUUGUGCAUGAACUACUCACGGCAGGGUUUAUUCGACCCAGUCACAAUCCGUUUCUUUUCCUGUUUUGUUGGUUAAGAAGGAGGGCAUAUGGAGGAUGUAUUCUAAUGCAGCCACAAGAUGUUGAGAAAACUGCUUUUAGGACUCAUGAGGGUCACUACGAGUUCUUGUCAAUCAUGGGAGGCUUAUUUAAGUCACUUGCAGAAGUGGUUGCUGAUCCCUCCAAACUACACGUCAUCAAAGAAUGGCCCCAACCUAGAACUGUUAAGGAGCUAAGAGGCUUCCUUCGUCUCACUGGGUACUAUCGCAAAUUUGUAUCUGGUUAUGGGAGGAUUUGUCAACCUCUUUAUAACCUUACCAAGAAAACUGGAUUUCUUUGGAAUGAUGAAGCCAACACUACCUUUACCAGCCUUAAAUCAAUCAUGUCCUCACCACAAGUAUUGGCUUUGCCAAAUUGUUCCCAACCUUUUACACUAGAGUGUGAUGCUUCAAAUGGGGGCAUUGGCGCAGUGUUGCAGCAACAUAACAGGCCUAUUGCUUUUUCAAGCAAAGCCUUAGGUCCCAAGAAUCAAGCUCUUUCUACUUAUGAAAAGGAGCUUAUUGCCAUAGUCUAUGCAAUCAGGAAGUGGCAGCACUAUCUCCAAGGAGACAUUUUAUAA